AUGGCCAAAGAAGGCAACGUUUUUCGGAGCUGCAGCCCCAUGAGUUUUGCGCAACUCAGAACCACAUCCUCAGGGGUGGGUUGGGGGAGAGAGAAAAGCACUAACCGGAUCCGUUGGCUCCAGGUUGGCGAGAAGGUCUCCGAGGAGCGGAGGCAAGUGUGCGCUGGGCACCUGCCAGCCAUCCGGGGCUUUUUUAAGGAGGCCCACCUGGUAGUGAAGGCUAGCCAGGCUGAGGAGGUGACCCAGGACGGGCUGAAAGGCAUGCUGUCCACUCUUGCUCUGGCAGGAGGUGCUGCCCCGAAGAAGCCCCCCCUGGGUGACUCGCAGGAGCUGGUGGGCACCAACUAUAAAAAGACGAAUCCUGUCCUGGAGAUUCUCCACACGAAGAGGAGCUCCUUCUGGGCUCAGGCCGAGAGGGAGGAGGAGGAGCGCCGCCAGGAGGAGCGCCGGAGGGCCCAGGAGGAGCGCCGGCGCUGGGAACGGCAGCGCAUGGAGGAGGAGCGGCGGGAAGCAGCGGAGAGGGAGAGGCGCAUCCAGGAGAAAGAGCAGCUCCUCCAGGAGCAGAGGAAGCAGCAAGCACAGAGAGAGGCCGAGGAGCGCCGCCACGAAGAGGCAGCCCGGCGGGGGGCAGCCACGCUGUCUUCCCAGCCCACCCCGAGCCCUCGGGACCUCUUCCGGCAGAGAGAGCGGUCAGGCUCCGCUUCGGGCAGCCAGGGACCCCCCUCGUCCCCUGGGGGCCAGCCAGGACUGCCGCGUCGCCCCUUCCUCCGCCACCAGCGCAGCCUGACAGAAUCGGCCUACAUCUUCCGGCGCCCAGAUCCUCCCCCCAGCCCGACCACAGGGGGGGUCCUUCCCUCUGCCUCCCCCCCUGCGGCUCCUCUUCCUAGCCCCCGUCGGCCUAAGCCCCCACCCCCAAUAGGCCCCAAACCUGGGGCGGGGGCUCCCCCUCCCGUCCUGGGCUCUUCCUCCGCCACCAGCGCAGCCUGA